CAUUACUGCGCGAAAUAGUGGCAUCCUGGUAAAACGACGCAAACCAGAGUUUACGUUCAGUGUGGUGGUCAUACGGUUCCCAGCCACUCCACAGCGUCAGCUCCCGCCCGACUGUCCGCGUGAAGCUCGGCGAAUCUAAAGUGGACCGAGCGGAACCGGUUCAGUAAAGUGAGAGUGCCAUGAGGAGAGGAGCCAGAGAGUGAGGCGAUGGGCUGCACCUCGGCUAAGCAGGUGUCGGCCGUGCCCAGUGAUGAGGAAGGCCGGGGCAAGGCCUACAGCAACGGAGACCUCUUCUCCGACGAGUACAAGAUGAAAGGAGUGGAGGAGGUGAAGUACAUGCGUGGAGAGGAGGACCGGGUGAAUGCACGUAACCAGGAGAACCUGGAGAAAAGCUCUGUACAGUACAGGGGCAAACAGCCGAAAGAAGGCUCUGGAGCCAACGCCAACAGGACAAACAUCCACACGUCAGAGAGCCAGCAGGAGUUCUUCAGGAUGCUGGAUGAGAAGAUUGAGAAGGGACAGGACUACUGUCCGGAGGAGGAAGAGGCGGAGGAUGGGACAUAGCACACAGGCCCCCGACUCAACCCCCUACAGAGAGCCUCCCAGAGUGUGUAUGGGUGCAUGUGAGAGAAUCUGUGUGUGUUUGUGUGUGUAUGUUUGACUGCCUUGUGAUUCUGUAUGUGUUGGUGUGAGCUUGUAUUUUGUGUGUGAGAGAGAGAGAAUGCUAUCCUCAAAGACUGUUGCCUCCCUCUUGGCCCUCGUCACAUUGGGUCCCUUAGUGGAUUGCUGGAGGGAGAGACGGAAUGUGGACUCACUACAGCCAGGCCAGUGUUCCUGCUCCCCUGCAGGACUAUGGAGAGAUACUACCCCACCCCUCUACCCCAACUACCACCCCAGUGAACUGUACAGUGGUCCCUGGUCCAAUUCUGUGUAUACCACCACCUCAUGACUCGUCGUCGGCAUCACAGUCUCGGGAGACCAUAGAUUUCUGGUGCCUGGGUGUUAGGUCAUAGUGCAGUGUCUGCUGUGGCUGUGGAGUCCAAUCCGUCUGGGAGACACCCUCCUGGUUUCCACCCUCCAUGGCUCUGGCUUUUGUUCUUCGCCUGCGAGGUGCAGAGAUGUGGAUGGAGAUAGAGGGGGGCACUUCCAUAACCCCCACCAGCCCUCGUCACAGAACUGAGGCUCGCUGCUAGAGUGAGCCGAGUAGGAGGGAGGGAGGGAGUGGGAGGGAAAAGAGAGAACCCCUGAUAUUUUAAUAAGAGAAAGAAGAGUGAGUGGGUUCUUUUGGAGCUCUGAACUUCUGCCCUUUGAAGGACCUUUUUCUUUUUUAAAUUCUGUUCAUCCAGUUAAGUUUUUUAAAAUUUAAUUAGAAUUUUCAUGUUUUUUAUUUUAUAUGCCUUCUAUCAUAAUGCGUCACCUCCUGCAGGCUACAGCUCUAUAGGCCAGAGCUCCUGGGUCUCUACACAACCUGUCCUCUUAAAUAUACCCUCAACACUACUACACUAGACCCUGGCUUUGUGAGACGAAACGCAUACUGUACACACAUCUCCAUACACUCAACCUCAUAUUCAUAGAUGCACUCAUAUAUUCACACACACACACACACAAGUACAGACCAAAGCAGCUGGACACAAACACAUGCCAUUGUAUUCCUGCCAUUUUGUUAGCCCAGUGUUAUGUAAGUGUUUUAGGCUGUGGUAGGCUGUGGUGUUGAUGGGUUUGGGUGAAUGUAGGAACCAGCAGCCGUGUGUUGUUUGGUUCCUGCUGCUGGACUUAUUCAUGUGCACCUGCAGUGUUCAUUACUCUUUCCUCCGCAUUGGUCGCUCAGUCGCCGCUUCUCUUCAACUCAGUAGUAUUGAAGCUUACUGGCAGAGUGGAGUCACCCUCUGUUGACACACACACACACACACACACACACACACACACACACACACACACACACACACACACAGCCUUUCAUGGACUGAAAAGUGGGUUGAAAGGAAAAGAGGUAUGGUUGCCUGGGAGACACAGCCCUGAUCAUGCUUAUGUCAUCAUCAUUAAUGGAUCCUUUUUCAUUUGAUUUUUCAAUACUUUUUUGUUUUUCUAUUAAAAUUAGAAACACAGGAGUUGUUCAUCUUCUGUGUGUCUCUCUCUGUGUGA